AUGAAUGACGGUACACUCGUCAUUCGUGGAGAGAAGUUUCCAUCGCGAAUUGUAGGCUGUGUUGGUUUUGUUGUGUACCCAUCUGUCGUCCAUCUCGUCGAUUCUCACAAGAUCCUGUUACCUCGUCUGGUCAUUCUUCGCCUCCGCCCUAUGCGCCAAAAAUCAAUCAGUAUCAUCAACUGCUACUCACCAACAUCAGCAGCUGAUGCAUCCGAAUUGGACGCGUUUUACGAGGAGAUGGAGGAAGUAGUCCGCAACGAGAAGUCCUUCUACAAAUUCGUUGUCGGAGACUUCAACGCAAAACCAGGAAAGGCCACAGAAGAGGAAUACAGGAUAAGAAGAUUUGGACUAGGGGACCGGAAUGAAAAUGGCAAUCGUCUCGCCGGACUGUUGUCCGCCGCUCGCCUCUUUCUUAGAACUCUCUUUUCAUGA